AUGUUACGAGUAACUAAAUUGCAUAAAAAACAAAUAUCAAGAUUAAUACAAUCACCCAAUAUUUAUAAUAUUACUUCUUUUCAAUAUUCCACUUCCUCCACACCAGUAAGUGGAAAACCAACAGAGAAACCUAUAAAUGAAGGAAAUACAAUUUCCUUUAAUAAAAUUGAUUUUCCAAAAUUAAUUCAAAAUAAUAAUAAUAGUAAUAAUAAUAAUAAUAAUAAUAUUAAUAAUAACAAUAAUAAUAAUAAUAAUGAUAAUAAUAACAAUCACCAAAAAUUCCAACUACAACAACAACAACAACAACAAAAUAGACCAAUUACACUUAAUUUAAAAUUCAACCCACCAGAUCUAAAUAAACAACCACCACUCCAACCACCACUCCAACAACAACAACAACAACAACAACCACAAAAAUCACACCAAUCACCAAUUUUCAACUUUCCAAUAAACGGUAAUAAUAAUAAUGUAACACCAAAAGAAAAUCCACUAAAUAUGUUUUCAUUUGGAUCACUACAAAAACCACAACUACAACAACAACAACAACCACAACAACCACAACAACCACUACAACAACAACAACAACAAAAACAAAAUCCACCACAACAAAAAAAACUUGCAUCAUUUUUAGAUUAUAUAAAUAAAACCACUUUAAAUCAAAAACCAACAAUCACUACAAAUCAAAAUAAUAUUAAAAAUUUGAGUAAUUUAGGAUUUGGCGAUAUUGUAUCAAAUAAACCAGCACCAACAACCCCAACAACAACAACAACAACAACAACAACAACAACAACACCAGAAACAAUGACAACUCAACAACAAGGACAAGAAAAAACAAAUUCCAAUUCCAAAAUUCCAAUUCCAAAAUUCCAAGAACUAUCAAAAAAAGAAUCGGAUUUAAUAGCAGAAAGAGAAAAAGAAAAAGAGAAACUAAGAGAGAAAGAAAGAGAGAAAGAAAGAAAGAAAAAAGAAAAAAGAAUGUUAAGACAACAACAACAACAAGAAGAAGCAUAUGGUUUUGUUAAUGAACAUCAACCACUAUUUAGAAGUAAAGAAAAAGAGAAAAUAGGUGGCUCGGGGAAUGGGGAGUUCAAUAAAAAGAAAACAAUAACACCAGUUUUACUCCCAGAUACAGUAACCGCCGAGAAUUUAGCACCAAUGAUUGGUCAAUCAAUCGUUGAGUUAAUCAAAUGGCAAAUUAAAGCAGGUUUGAAACCAACAUCAAGAUACGAACCAAUCGUUGACGAUAUUUUACUAUUGAUGGGACAAGAUUAUUACUUCUCACCAAUGAGAGUUUUAAGUAGGGAUAUUUUACUUCAAAGAAAAGAGAAGGAACUUAAACUAAAGGCGAACCCCUUGUGGCCAAGCAGACCACCAGUGGUAACAGUGGUUGGCCAUAUCGAUCAUGGUAAAACUAGUUUAUUGGAUUUCUUACGUAGUACAUCGGUGGUCGAUAAUGAGCCAGGCAGAAUCACCCAACAUAUUGGUGCAUUUGAGGUAUUGAUUAAUGAUAGAUCAGAUGCUAAAAAGGCGAAGCGUGCAAUCACUUUUAUGGAUACUCCAGGUCAUUCUGCUUUUUCGACAAUGAGAGAAAGAGGUGUGGGUAUCACCGAUAUUGUGUUAUUGGUGGUUGCUGCCGAUGAUGGUGUUCAAGAACAAACCAUCGAGGCAAUCAAAGCGAUAAAGAAGAAUGAUGUGCAAGUGAUUGUUGUAAUUAAUAAAAUGGAUAAACCCGAUGCCAAUCCAGAGCUUGUAAAGAUGGAGUUGUUAGAGAAUGGUAUUGCAUGUGAGGGUGUUGGUGGUGAUGUACCUUGUGUUGAAAUCUCUGCAAAGACUGGUAUGGGUAUUCAAACACUCGAGGAAACCAUUCUAUUCAUUGGUGAUAUGAUGGAAUUGAAAGCACCAGUUAAAGAUGUUCAAGUUAGUGGUGUGGUCAUUGAAACAAGUUUCAAGAGAAAUAGAGGUACCUAUUCAACCAUUCUCGUUCAAAAAGGUAUUUUAAAGAUUAAUCAAUUCUUUGUUUGUGGUGAAUCACAUGGUAAGAUCAAAGAGAUGAAAAAUCAUUUAGGUACUCAACUCAAAGAGGGUAAACCGGGUCAAGCCGUUGAAAUCUUUGGUUUCAAAGAAGGGGCCCCUCCUUUGGGUGAGGAAUUCUUUGUUUUCGACUCUGAAAAAGAAGUUUUAGCAAUUAUUGAUGAAAGAAAGGAAAGAAAGAUAUCAGAAGAUACUCGUAGGGAAAUUAAAAAGAUGGCAUAUGGCAAAGAGGAUGAAGAAGAGGAUCUCGAUAAUGAGGAAGAAAUGAAUGGUACUGAGGAUUUGGGUGAUAUCGAGAAGAAGACCGUUAGAUUCUUUGUUAAAGGUGAUGUCACAGGCACUGCUGAGGCACUCAGCGCCAUGUUAUUUACAUUACCACAAGAUCCUGAAAUCUCUAUUGAUAUUCAAAGAGUUGGCUAUGGUGAGGUCACUGAGAAUGACAUUAAAGAUGCAUUAUUUUUGAAGACUCCAAUCGUUUAUUUUGGCUCGAAAUUAAAUCCAAAGAUUUUAGAUUCUUGCAAGAAGCAAGGUGUAAAACUCAUUCAAUCCGAUGUAAUCUAUCAUGUGGUUAAUCAUGUCCAAGAAUAUUUAGAAAGUAUUUUACAACCUGUCACUAUUUUCAAUGUAACUGGUCGUGCUCAAAUUAGUCAAGUCUUUGAUAUCAAUGAUGGUAAGGAAAAAGUUGCAGGUUGUAAAGUAGAAGAUGGUAUUAUCAAAAAAGGUGCAAAGGUUCAUGUUAUGAGAAAUGGUGAUUCCGUUCAUGAAGGUCGUGUUGAAGUCAUUAAAUCAUUUAAAGAUAUUGUUAAAGAGAUUGGAAAAGGUCAUGAAUGUGGUAUCACACUUCGUGAAUAUAAUGGUAUUCAAGUUGGUGAUUUAUUGGUUUCUUAUACUCAAGAUAGUGAAUCCAGAAAACUUGGUGAAUUUGUCAAAUAUAGAUUUAAUACAACUUUUUAA